AUGACAAACCUUCGCCCCCCAUCACCUGCACUCCCAAGACCUUCGCCCCCCAUCACCUGCACUCCCAAGACCUUCGCCCCCCAUCACCUGCACUCCCAACACCUUCGCCCCCCAUCACCUGCACUCCCAACACCUUCGCCCCCCAUCACCUGCACUCCCAACACCUUCGCCCCCCAUCACCUGCACUCCCAAGACCUUCGCCCCCCAUCACCUGCACUCCCAAGACCUUCGCCCCCCAUCACCUGCACUCCCAACACCUUCGCCCCCCCUCACCGGCCCGCCCAACUCCUUCCUUCCCCCAUCACCUGCACUCCCAACACCUUCGCCCCCAUCACCUGCACUCCCAACACCUUCUGCCCCCAUCACCUGCACUCCCAAGACCUUCGCCCCCAUCACCUGCACUCCCAAGACCUUCCCCCAUCACCUGCACUCCCAAGACCUUCGCCCCCCAUCACCUGCACUCCCAACACCUUCGCCCCCCAUCACCUGCACUCCCAACACCUUCGCCCCCCAUCACCUGCACUCCCAAGACCUUCGCCCCCCAUCACCUGCACUCCCAACACCUUCGCGCCCCAUCACCUGCACUCCCAAGACCUUCGCCCCCCAUCACCUGCACUCCCAAGACCUUCGCCCCCCAUCACCUGCACUCCCAAGACCUUCGCCCCCCAUCACCUGCACUCCCAACACCUUCGCCCCCCAUCACCUGCACUCCCAACACCUUCGCCCCCCAUCACCUGCACUCCCAACACCUUCGCCCCUCCUUACCUGCACUCUCGACACCUGUUCCUCAUUACUCAUUUACCCUUCAACCCUUUUUUGCAAUGGUAA